AUGUCCAGCCUGGUAGGUGGCGGGUUGCCUGCACCGCAUCCCCAGCGCUGUCCGGCCGGGUGGGGGGGGCUCCGUCCUGCGCAGCAGCCCCAUCGCUGCUCCUGCGCCGGGAUGCCAGGCUGGAGGAAGAACCUUGUCUUGUGCCUGCAGCGGAUGCAGGAUGAAGAUGAUGGCCCUUAUUCAAAGGGAAGUAAAGAUUCAGGUGGCGCAGACACAGCCCUGGUCUGCCGAAGGCAAAGUAUUCCAGAGGAGUUCCGAGGGGUCACCAUCGUGGAGCUAAUCAAGAAGGAGGGGAGCACCUUAGGGCUAACCAUCUCUGGUGGCACCGACAAAGAUGGGAAGCCUAGAGUCUCCAACCUGAGGCCUGGUGGACUAGCAGCCAGAAGCGACCAGUUAAAUGUGGGGGAUUACAUCACGUCGGUGAAUGGGAUCCACCUGACAAAGCUGCGCCAUGAUGAAAUCAUCAGCCUGCUGAAGAAUGUCGGGGAGCGGGUGGUGCUGGAGGUGGAGUAUGAGCUGCCCCCUGCUGCCCCAGAGAACAGCUUAGGAAUUAUCCCAAAGACCAUCGAGGUCUCCCUCUAUAAGGAAGGCAAUAGCUUUGGUUUUGUACUCAGAGGGGGAGCCCAUGAAGACUGGCAUAAAUCCAGACCACUCGUCCUCACCUAUGUGAGGCCAGGGGGCCCAGCUGACAGGGAAGGAUCCCUGAAAAUUGGGGACAGGCUGCUCAGUGUGGAUGGCAUUCCGCUUCACAACCUGACCCAUGCAGAUGCUCUCAACAUACUACGACAAUGCAGCCAGGAGGCCCUCUUCCAGAUUGAAUAUGACGUCUCCAUCAUGGAUACAGUAGCCAACGCCUCAGGUCCUUUAUUAGUGGAAAUAGCCAGGACACCGGGCUCUACUCUGGGAAUCUCGCUCACCUCUGGCACCCACAGGAACAAACAGGUCAUUGUGAUUGACAAGAUCAAGCCGGCCAGCGUGGUAGACAGAUGCGGUGCCCUGCACAUUGGCGACCACAUCCUGUCCAUCGAUGGCACCAGCACCGAGCACUGCUCCGUGCUGGAGGCGAUGCAGCUGUUAGCCAGCACCACAGAGAAUGUCAAGCUGGAGAUCCUGCCAGCCCACCAGAGCAGGCUCCCCCUGAAGCCUCCCGAUGCAGUGAAGGUGCAGAAGAGUGACCAUCAUCACUGUUGGGACCCCUGUGUCAACUACUGCCCCAGCCACCAUCCCAGCCAUUGCAAGACACCCACCUGGAAUCAGCCCUCCAGUCAGGAUUACUGCAAACCCCUGUCUGCAGCCCCUUUCUCCUCACCGAUGCUGAAUGCUCAUGGCUUCUCUUGCCCAAACUCGAGCACACUACCUCGGAGCACCCAACCCAUGAGCCCCCGGGCAACCAUGAUGAGGAGAAGACAGAGGAGAAAGGAGUACAAAAGUUCACUGUCCCUUGCCUCCAGCACCGUGGGGCCUGGUGGCCAAAUCGUGCACACAGAAACAACAGAAGUGGUCCUUAGGGGUGACCCCCUGAAUGGCUUUGGACUCCAGCUCCAGGGUGGAAUCUUUGCCACAGAAACCCUUUCCUCCCCACCUCUCAUCCGCUUCAUUGAGCCCGACAGCCCCGCUGAGAGAUGUGGCCUGCUGCAGGUUGGAGACAGAGUACUGUCCAUCAACAGCAUUGCCACGGAAGAUGGCACCAUGGAGGAGGCCAACCAGCUCCUGCGGGAUGCAGCACUCUCCAACAAAGUCUCCCUAGAGAUUGAGUUUGAUGUAGCAGAGUCAGUAAUCCCAAGUAGUGGAACCUUUCAUGUGAAGUUGCCCAAGAAGAGAGGAGUAGAGUUGGGGAUAACCAUAAGUUCUGCAAGCAGGAAGCCUGGAGAGCCCUUGAUUAUCUCUGACAUCAAGAAGGGGAGCGUGGCACACAGGACGGGCACGCUGGAGCCAGGGGACAAGCUGCUCGCCAUUGACAACAUCCGACUGGACAACUGCUCCAUGGAGGAUGCGGUACAGAUUCUGAGGCAGUGUGAGGACCUGGUGAAACUGAAGAUUAGGAAGGAUGAAGACAACUCAGAUGAACAGGAAACGACAGGCGCCAUCAUUUACACAGUGGAGUUGAAGAGGUACGGGGGUCCACUGGGUAUAACUAUCUCAGGGACCGAGGAGCCUUUCGAUCCAAUUGUCAUCUCAGGAUUGACCAAGCGAGGACUGGCAGAGAGGACUGGAGCCAUCCACGUUGGUGACCGGAUCUUAGCCAUCAACAACGUAAGCCUUAAGGGCAAGCCCCUCAGUGAAGCCAUCCACCUCCUCCAAAUGGCAGGGGAGACAGUCACCCUAAAGAUCAAAAAGCAAAUGGAGCGAGGCUCCUACCCUAAGAAGUCAGGAGGGAUAAAUGAAGCCAGCGACACAGAGGAAGAUCUCAGUGAGGCCCAGAAGCCUGGCAAGCUAGCCGAGAUCUACGCCACCACUGUGCCCAGCAUAGACAGUGCCAUGGAAUCAUGGGAUGGCUCUGGGGCAGAAGGCGGCUAUGGGAGCCAAGGCACGUACGUACCUCCAGCUGCAGGAAUCAGCCUGCACCCCCAGGAGUGGCGGCCCAGUAGGGUGAAGAGCAGCCCCCCUCCUGGGGAGCCCAGAAAGACCAGCUACCCCUACCCGGACGGGAGCUUCCCUGAGGAUGAAUGGGACAAGCCCACUAGAUUCCCCGGCCGCCACAACGGCCCGGAGCCUGCUCAUGAGGAUAAUUUUUGGCGUGUUUUUGGAGAAGCUCUGGAGGACUUGGAAACAUGCGGCCAGUCUGAGCUUCUGAGGGAGAUUGAGGCUUCCAUCAUGACAGGGAAUGUGCACAGCUUGGGCCUAGAUGGCAGCCCUGUGACCUUGGACCCAUCAUCAGGGUCAACAGGACGAAGCCCCUGGUGGAAAGGAACCUUCCAGCAGGGGACGCGGGAUCCAAGUGAGGGCCAUGUGGUCCCCACCAAGAUGGCCGAGGAAAGCUUGAAAAUGCAGGCAGUCAAGGAGGAGAUGCUGGAAAUCAUGUCACCAACUCCUCUUGAAUUAUAUAAGUUGACUCUUUGGAAGGACCCAGUGAGUGAAGAUUUUGGCUUCAGCGUCUCUGAUGGCCUGUUGGAGAAGGGUGUCUAUGUCAACAUGAUCCGCCCUGGUGGGCCUGCUGAUCACUGUGGCCUCAAACCAUUUGACCGAGUCCUUCAGGUAAAUCACAUCCGAACUCGAGAUUUUGACUGCUGCCUGACUGUGCCACUCAUCUCUGAGGCUGGAGACAAGCUAGACCUAGUCAUAAGCCGGAACCCCCUGGCAAUGUCCAACAGCAUGCAGCAGGAGGAGAACAGGCCCUCUGUGGGCCUGGAAAUGAGGGACGGCACCCGGAUGCUCUGAAACCUGACCCUGGACCUGAAAG